GUACUGGUCCAGGCUUCGAGCUAGGGUUUGUUUCGUCCUUUGCCCCAACUCAGUUACUUCUUUCAGACGAGUUUGACUUUAGUCGCUGGUCAUUGAUGCCGGUGGACAUUCGAGACGUUGCUCUCGAGAAAUUUUCUGCACAUUGAUACUGGUGCAAGGCUAGUUGAAGCUGAUCCGAAACGGUGAUGAGGAGUCAUGGUAGUUUAGGCGAUCGGGAUCCUCGGAUCGGGCUCUCAUCAUUGGUUGCCUACUAAAUUGGGUCGUGGAGAAGAAUGGGCGACGGUGUUGGAAAUUUGGAAGAGCAGAUACGAUGUGUGGGGGAACAGAUAAGAAGAGUGGAGGAGCAGAUCGACAGAUGCCCUGACGAUGAGGAGAGAAAACUACUCCUGGGCAAGGAAGCGCAACUCCGGGUUGAGAAAGCGCAACUCCGGGAGCAAAUCCUGCAAGGACGAGACCUAGGCACAGAAUACGAGUGGCUGGUGCAGAAGGUCGUGGCGCCGGCUCCCUAUUCAGGAGCUCGCAUUUAUCCAAGCAGCUCGAAUCAGAACCGCAUGUGGAUACCUGUUAAAGUAGAGCAUUGGGACGUGAGGGGCAACAUUGAAGAAUUUCUAAGUAGCGCAGAUAAAAAGAAGCGUGUGCAUAACCUGGAUAUCACCCGUAUCACUGGGAACAUUGAAACGGUAGAGAAGGAGGAUGUAUAUAUGGUCCAUUCUAUUCUGAAGGAAAUGCGGACUUUUAUGAACAAGAAGGAGCCGCUGUCUAAGUUUAGUGUUAAGCCGCAGCUCCGUAUGCUCACAAUGAAGAGAGGGAAAAAUGACGAAGUAGGAUUGGGUGAGGGUGCGACUGCAAAUGGCAUGAUUGACGUCUACACCAGAGGCCCUAUAGCAGAUUUCGUAGUCACUUUAGGGGAGAAGAAUGGUUUGGUCGUCGAGGUCAAGAAUGGAGGUUUGGGACCUGACCAAGGUGGCUCCUGGGAUCUCCACAAAGCUUGGGCAGAAUGCACUUGCAAACAAGGAGAGGGCGAUCUUAUUUGCAGUUGCAAAGUUUUUGGCAUCACGCCGGCUUGUAGAGAAAAGGUCAUGCGUUGUAUCAAUUAGCCGUACGAGUACAUGAUUUUGUCUAAGGUGGGUUACGGUGUCCUGACCGAUGUUGGGAAUUGGUAUCUCUUCAAUCGGGAUAAUGCCGGCUGCCUCAAAAUAUCAGCUGGUUUGAAGGUGAGUGGUGAGCCCCCGCGUGUGCUUGCUGCGUUGGCAUAUUUGGUGCACACUGCUUGGGUGGAUAAUUCUGAGUUUGGUGAACCAACGGCCAAUUUCCCAUAGUAUCUGAAGCCGCCCCUCCCGAACCUUUCGAUGAAAGCACCGAUGACUACAUCGGUGAUCCAAACUAUCGAGCACGUGGGAACGAUAACAGUGGCUCUGAAACUCGAAGGUCAGGAAGAACUCGGCCAGGUGAGGAGCAGCCGGCUUUGCAAGAUGUCCCCGCUGAGGACCUGAACCUGAAAAAGGCGGGUGGCAUCAUAAGUUGUGAGGGGUGGAGUGGAUACGUUGUUAUUGGCCGUUUGCAUGGACAACCUGUUGCAUUGAAGUUUGCCUACUUAGGCACGGAGCGUGCAGAGGUGAUCCGGUGUUGUGUUAUGUGGAAACGUUGAGUUCACAUCUCGAAGUUGGCUCUUCUGAAGGAGGUGGUUGCCUACACGAAGGAGCUUUGGGGGGUUUUUGUUCCCCGAUUAAUAGGAUAUGGAACCACAAAUAAAGGUCAGGUUGUAUUUGUCGCCAUCGAAUUGAUUGAAGGCGUUGAACUUGGAAAAGUGGUGGCGACCAAGGAGGUGACGACUGCAGCACUUGAAGCGCUCGAUGCAGUCCAUGCAUGCGGGUUGCUUCAUGGAGAUGUGUCCCCAAGUAAUAUUAUGGUGGUCUGGGGAAAACAGCCCCCUGUUCGCGUCCUGGAUUUUGGAUUCUCGUCUAUUACCAGCAACAAGAAGUUACAGAAGGCAGAGCGCGUGCGCUUAGAACGCCUCUUGACACUGACGGUGAAGUAGCGAUGAAGGGGCAAAUGCUUCUUCAUGUCUUUUUUUUCUGCCCUGGUACGUUUUGUAAGUCCCACGCUCACGUGGAUGUGGUUGUAAAUAAGUUACAUGAUAGGUUCUGGGCCUGGAGAUAUAAGGUUCCUAGUAUUAGGAGGUGAAAGUAUCAUUUCCUCAUAUUUUUUCUAUUCAGGUGAAAAACUACACAAGAAGGUUAUACAGUACACAAUUUUCUAUGUGGCACUCUUUGUUUUAAUGGCACAAAAGCCAGGGUGCUAUUUGCAAGGCAUGCCGCUUUUGAUUCAUUUGAAUUCAUCUAGCACGGGCUGAAGGUAUUCAGUUAUGAGAACUAGAACUUGAGUUGA